UAAUAUAUUAGUUUUUCAUCGUUUGCGCUUUCUGUCCCUUCUCGAGUCAGUCGACAAUCGAAACACGCUACCGUUGCGAUUGCACUUUUUGAAAGUACGACGUGCGACUCGUGCAAUGGAGAAAUAUGAAAAAUCGCAGGAGGAGCCAGGCAAGUUGCGGCAGCUUGUCUUCACGGUGAUCGCAAAUUUGUCAGCGGUGUCCUAUGGAUUCAUGGUGGGAUGGCAAUCACCGUCAGCUCUGCAACUGCAGAAUCCGUCAUCGCCAGCUGUAGGAAGCGAACCUAUGACGGAUAACGCUAUAUCCUGGAUGAGUGCCACUUUAACCUUGGCAGGCACCAUCACGACUAUGCUACUUUCGGUGAUACCUGACAAAUUCAGCCGUAAAAAAUUCGGUUACGUAUUAACGUUGCCGAUGAUACUCGCCUGGCUGUUAAUCAUUGUCGCCACCAAACACAUACAUAUUUAUAUAGCGAAAGCCCUGUGUGGUAUCGCUGGCGCCGGUGUAUUUUUUAUGGUGCCGAACUAUGUGUCGGAGAUCUCAUGCGACAGCAUCCGCGGUAUAUUAGCAAGUCUGAUAGGAUUCUGGUUCAAUUUUGGAAUUCUGCUGGCUUACAUCUUAGGCGGCAUGAUGUCUCUGCACUCUCUCGGUGUAAUUGGCGCGAUUUUGAGCGCUUUAUUCCUCAUAGCUUUCAUCUUCAUACCAGAAUCGCCAGUCUAUUUAAUGCGUGGAAAUCACACGCGCGAAGCAAUUAGAUCAUUAAAUUCGUUGAAAGCUGGAAAUACAGUGGCAGUAGAACAGACAUUGUCGCAUCUACAGUUGCAAAUGAAGGAAGCCUCGUCCACAGGGUCCGCCAAGCUGUCAGAUUUAUUUAGAGACACAGCGUCGAUUAAAGGAUUAAUCAUUACCUUGGGUUUGUUCAUCGGUCAACAAUUUGGCGGAAUUUUUGCGAUGCUCAGUUACACAGAGAGUAUUUUCAAAAUGUCUGGCAGUUCGUUAUCGUCGAACACAUCGUCCAUUAUUGUAGGAGCUAUAUUGCUCCUUGGUGCGUGUCUGUCGACAUCUUUAAUAGAGCGAAUGGGUAGACGGCCUUUGGUUCUGAUAUCCUGCAUAGGAAUGUUUGUGUGUCAUUGUGUAGUCGGCACGUACUGCUAUCUCCAAAGCCUACAAUAUGAUGUGUCCGCUUAUGGUUGGGUACCAGUCACAGCACUAUCUAUUUUCAUGGUGGUGUAUGCUCUGGGAAUGGGCAAUGCACCCGUCAUAAUAAUGUCCGAGAUAUUCGAGCGCGAUAUAACUAGUAUAGCCUCGGCUGUGGGUCUCACUGUAUCCUGGGCCGCAGCUUCCGUCAUAGUGAAGAUCUUCGCCGAUCUCAUCGCUCUAUUAGGUAUGCACGGCUGCUUCUUCCUCCUCGCCAUCUGUUGCGUCUGCACUUUCUUCUUCUGCCUUGUAAUGGUACCAGAAACUAAAGGACGAACACGUGAAGAUAUUGUGGGCGAGCUCAAUGGAGGUAUGCAGUAUAAAAAGAACAAGAAGAAUAUUAAGCAUAUCAUCGGAACGGAUUCAGUGGAGGCUGCUCACGUGUAAAAAAUGUUAUCCACAUGUAUAAAGUCUAAAAACAUUCUAGCAGAAACAUUUAUGAAAAACUGACAUUUUAUUAUUCCUAGUGUUUUUAAAUACGAA